CCAGCAUGCAUGAGCUUUGAGUAAAUGCAUUCGCUGUCAUCUCCACCACUCUCCUUUUGACUCUUUCAAGUCAGCCUCGCUCUCACUUUCUAUAUAUCAUCUUACCCCCUAAUUAUAUCUGUGUCUCACCUCUUUUCAAUUCCCAACAAAACACAUCCUGCCCACUGUUGGAAAUUUGAACACCCACUUCAAUAAUCGAUUCUUGUUAUAUAUAUACAUAUUGCUAGAAUAAGCUAAGAGGAGAUCUGCUUGAAGAUCGAUCAAGAAAUCAUAAAGAUUGAUUCUUUAGUUUGAAGAUUAGAUCAAUUAUAGAGAAAUGGGUAGGCCUCCAUGCUGUGAUAAACUGGGUGUCAAGAAAGGUCCAUGGACUCCUGAAGAAGAUAUCAUGCUUGUUUCUUAUGUUCAACAGCAUGGCCCUGGAAAUUGGCGCCAAGUCCCUACCAAUACAGGACUGAGAAGAUGCAGCAAGAGUUGUAGGUUAAGAUGGACAAAUUAUCUGAGGCCUGGAAUCAGAAGGGGAGACUUUAAUGAUGAUGAGGAGAAGAUGAUCAUCCAGCUUCAAGCUCUUCUGGGUAACAAAUGGGCAGCAAUAGCUUCAUAUCUUCCUGAGAGAACAGAUAAUGACAUCAAGAACUAUUGGAAUACUCAUUUGAAAAAGAAGCUUCGAAAGCUUCAGACGGGCGCCGAGGAACACGAUCUAAUUCACAAUAACAAAGAUAGGUUUUCAUCCUCAACUUCAUCAUCUUCUUCUUCACACUGUAUCUCUAGAGGCCAGUGGGAAAAGAGACUUCAGACCGAUAUCCAUAUGGCCAAACAAGCCCUAAAUGAUGCUUUAUCGAUUGAUCAAAAGCCGACCUUUCUACCUCAAACUGUCAAAUCCUCCACCCAAACACCUAUAUACCCUUCUAGCACUGAUAACAUAGCCAAAUUGCUCAAAGGGUUCAUGAAAAACUCACCCAAGAACACCAAAACGAGUUCGAAUUCUAGCACUCGUGAAUCCAGUGAAGUGAAUGCACUUAGCAGCAUCGAAAGCAAGACUUCCGGGAUUGACUUAUCUGAGGCAUUUGAAUCCCUUUUUGGGUUUGACCAAUCUUUCGGGUCUCCAAACAAUUCAGAUUUCUCCCAAUCAAACACAUCCCCGGAAGGAAGUAUCUUUCAAGGGGAUAGCAAGGAGGAACUGCGCUUUAUGAUGUUCGAGAAUUGGCUUCUUGAUGAAACAGCCGGUGCCGUUGGCGUGGUCGAUCAAGGGAAAGAAGAUUUAACCAACUUUUCGUUCGAUGAAAGCCCUGAUUUUUUCGACAAUUGAUUUGUGUUUAGGAUCGAGGUUUUAAUUCAAAACUUCAUUCUUCGGUUAUAUUAAUUAAUCUUGUUUCAAUUCUAUUUUUUUGGAGGGGAGUUUCAGUUAAUUAUUGGACUGACAUGAGAGAUGUAGAACUCUCAAUUUGUUUGAGUUUUCCAUGGGGAUGUAAAAGGAUUACAUCAAUGAUCUAAUUAUGCAUUUACAUAGCCAAAUUCA